CAGGCGGCCCUUGGGGCGGGGCGGCGCGCGGCAGCUGUAGGGCGAACCAUGGGAGGCGGCUGGUGGUGGGCUCGGGUCGCCCGCCUGGCCCGACACCGCUUCCGGGGGGCGCUGCUGCCGCCUCAGCGGCCCCGGAGUGGGGGCGCCCGGGGGUCCUUCGCCCCGGGUCACGGCCCCCGCGCCGGGGCUUCGCCGCCCCCAGUGUCCGAACUGGACCGCGCGGACGCCUGGCUUCUCCGGAAGGCUCACGAGACAGCCUUCCUCUCCUGGUUCCGCAAUGGCCUCCUGGCAUCUGGCAUUGGGGUCAUCUCCUUCAUGCAGAGUGACAUGGGUCGGGAAGCAGCCUAUGGCUUCUUCCUGCUGGGCGGCCUGUGUGUAGUGUGGGGCGGCGCCUCCUAUGCCGUGGGCCUGGCCGCGCUGCGGGGACCCAUGCAGCUAUCUCUGGGGGGCGCCGCGGCAGGCGUGGGGGCCGUGCUGGCUGUGAGCCUGCUCUGGGCUUGUGCCGUCGGCCUCUACAUGGGCCAGCUAGAGCUUGACGUGGAACUCGUACCCGAGGACGAUGGGGCGGCCAGCGCAGAAGGCCCGGAUGAAGCAGGCCGGCCACCGCCCGAGUAAACAGGGCCGUGCGGACUGGCUGGGCGCUGGACGGCCCAGGCCCGAGGACUGGGACAUUAAAACCUGACCGUCCCCUCGCUCCA